AUGCUUAUCAAGGUUAAAACAUUGACCGGAAAAGAAAUCGAGCUCGACAUUGAGCCGACUGAUCGCGUUGAGAGAAUAAAAGAGAAGGUAGAGGAGAAAGAAGGCAUCCCACCGCCACAACAAAGGCUUAUCUUCGCUGGAAAGCAGAUGAACGACGACAAAACAGCAAUGGACUAUAAGGUAGUUGGAGGGUCCGUUCUUCAUUUGGUGUUGGCGCUUCGCGGUGGAUCACUUUAA